CGAGAGUAUUCAUUAUUCUUCUUCAUCUUUGUAAACCCUUUCGUAGCAGCACAGAGAGAGAGAGGAAUGGGUACUCGAGAGGUCUACGAAGAGAAACUAAGGAGGGGAAAUCUCGAUCGCGAUCCUACUCUCAACCCCGGCCUUGGUUCCCCACGAUGCCCUCGUUGUCUCUCGCUUCUCAACCCUAAUUCCGAAAGAGGCGAGUGGACCAUCACUCCCGUCUUGCACGACGCCACUGCUGUCGCUGGCUUGGGGAUUGGCGCUAUGCUUAGUGUAGUUCAUGGUUUCAAUACAGGUUUGCCAUAUCUUCUAAAUGCUGUGAAGGGACCGAAGUGGCUUCCUCUCGUCGUUGGGAUUCCUCCAUUGUUGAUAUUCUCAGGCAUAAGUUCUGCUUUUGGAGGAUAUGUGCUUCCAAAGUUCACUCAACUCACCGUAACAUCCUAUUAUGCUGCAUCGAGUGCCUCACAUUAUGGAAUCUCUCUUGUUACCCGACAUAUUGAAGAGAACUACAGCUCCAAAACUCAGCAUCUCAAGAGGCUCUGAUGAUAUUCCUUUCGGGUGUACUUACAAGGAAAAUACAUUACCUGGCAAUUUUGUCUGCAUAAACGUCCUGUGGAUGGUUAGGAUUGUUAAACCCUAGUAACAUUUUUGUUUCUCCUUACGGAAAUGCUUAUAUGUGAAUAAUCCUUGUUUAUAUUUUACUAUUAAGCUUUGGUAAUAAGAAGUCCAUUUAUUUAA